AUGGCGACAGCCACUGCAGCGAUCCCCUCCUCCCAGCCCGGUUUCGCGCAGGUCCUAGGUGGCGACAAGUACCGCGGGGCCGUGGUUGAGGACCUCCAAUUGCCCCCGGCGUUCGCGCUCCCCGCGGACGAAGCCAUCUCCCGCGCGAUCGAAAUGGCAUACGAGCGUGACUUCUCCCACAUCCCUGUUCUGGACCGGAAUCGCAAACCGCUAGGCUACAUCGACGUCACCGCCCUCAAGACCAAAUGGGAAGCGGGCGGCGCGCACCCUGAUGACAAGGUCGACCAGUACAUGAGCCGCUUCAAGCGUACUGCCGCGACACCCUACACCGUCAUCACGCCCUCGACACCCCUUGCGGACCUCGAGACGUUCUUGAAAGCGAAUAUAUUCGCCAUCGUCACCGACCGCGAUCGCAAGUUCGUACUCGGCGUCGUCACGAGCCAUGAUCUUGAGAAUUUUGUCUCGAGGCGCGGGCUCUGA